UCGCAGCAACACUUGGAAACAAAAUCCUCUUAUCCAGCCGACAUGCGAUUCAUCUCAGCAAUCGCAGCAAUCGCGCUGCUGCUGACGCCAUCCGCUCUGGCUGACGCACCUUCUGGCGACUGGGCGGCAGAUACCACCGUUACGGUCACAUCCUCCUUGACAAACACGCUCACCAUCACCAAGACUCUUACCUACGCAUUUGCACACACAAACACGACCAGCACGUAUUCGUCCCAGUCAACUAGCUGGAAUGCGACCACACACAGCCACGCCACGACCAUCAACACGCCUACCCUGACAGCGACCUCGUCACUCACACCAUCAGAGACCUCAGCGGCACCGACAAUUGCUUCAAUUGCAGCUACUGGAGCCGCCAGUGUGCAGGAGGUCAACCUGGCGGUGGCAGCUCUGGCUGGCGCGGCGGUCAUGUUCUGGGGUUCAUUAUGA